GGCAAGGUAUUACUGCUCCGGGUUCAAAGGGGCAAGUCAGUGAAGCAGUCUUUGGAAGUUCCUUGACUCUACUCAAAUUUUCGUCAUGAGUGAUUGCGUUGACAUUCUUGGAAUGCUUGUGAAGUGUUCAAACUUUGCCGCAGUAAAGCAUUCCACCCAGAGAAGGAAGGAUCCAGCAAAAACUCCGUACAUCAACCACCCAAUCGGUGUAGCAUAUAUUCUCACCGAAGAGGGUGGUGUGAGAGAUGCUUCUGUGAUUAUGGCUGCGAUUCUUCAUGACACAGUGGAAGAUACUGAUACUACACUGGAUGAAAUUAAAAAAGAGUUUGGGCACCAAAUUGCUGGUAUUGUUGCUGAAGUAACUGAUGACAAAGCCCUCCCUUAUGAUGAACGGAAACGCUUACAGAUUGUUCAUGCACCUACAUCUAGUCGGGAGGCAAAAUUAGUGAAACUGGCUGACAAAUUGUAUAAUCUUAGAGACCUUGAGAAGGCUACUCCAGAAGGAUGGUCAGACGAAAAAGUUGCUGAAUAUUUCAAGUGGUCAUCCAAAGUUGUUGAAGGACUUCGAGGAACAAAUCGCCAAUUAGAAGCAAGCUUGGAUGAGAUAUUCUCUCGUCAUGACUUAUAAGUGUGGUCUUCAAGGAAAUGAUAGCUUUGGACUGUAAUGUAAUUUAUCAAAAUAUUAACAUUUCUCUGAAGGCUUUAAAAUUUAAAAAAUAAUUCUACCAAACAAUUGACAAGUACAAAAAGAGAAGCUAAAAAUAAAAAAACUGAAGAGAAUGGUCUGAUAAUGUCUAUUUGAUACUAGCAAGUGGCAGUAAACAUACACAUCAAGUAGUUUGAAAUGUUUAUUAUUUCUGAAAACUGAUGGUGUAUAUCAGUAUGCAUUUAUGUACAAUACAAUGUUUGUCAUGGCACAAAAUUGCAGUCUUAUGGCUCUGGAAUGUAGAUUUUAAAACUGGUUCUGUAGUAUGGUUUGUUAUUAGCUACUGUAGUAAUGUUCAGUAUAGCAAAGUUUGACUGUCUUGCCCAGGAUAUUAUUUGCUGUUCUGGUCUUUGAAAGAUUUCAUAUAGUUGACAAGGGUUUCUGUUUCUUCAUAUGUGACUGCAUUGUAGAGAGAAGCUCUGAUGCCUCCAACCAACCUGUAAAACAAGGAACAGGUGAGCACAAAGGAGAAUGCCAAGGUUACAUGCAGUAUCGUGUCGAACAGUUACUGAUUCUUUAUGGCUUUACUACUUUUUUUAUUACCUGUGUCCUUUGAGCUGAAUCAUGCCGUUUGCUACUGCUCCCUUGAGGAAUGCGCUUUCCAAAGCGUCAUCUCCAUUUCCAUUUCCACCAACUCGGAAUGGCACAUUCAUGUGGCUACGGCAUGCAGGCUUUACAGUGCUGGUGUAGAAGCCAUUUGAAGAGUCAAUGAAAUUGUACAGGAGGCUGCUUUUCUUUUUAGCAGCAACUUCCAUUGCUUCAACUCCACCUCGUCUCUUGAUCCAUUCAAAUACUCUCCACAUAACGUAAAUUCUGGAAUAAAUUUGUAGUGCAGGUAUAGUUCUCGUCCUAAGAGUAAAGAAAUGCUGGGGCACUUGUAGAUGCAAUACAUACGCAAAGCAAGGAGGUGUAUUGUGAAGAGAGUUGUCCUUGGCAUUGAUGGUGAAGUCCAUGAUGAUGGGACAAAUUGGUAGAGGUGAUCCCAAGAGAUCCUCUCGAACAAUAACUAAUGUCACUCCUGAUGGUCCAAUAUUUUUCUGAGCUCCAGCAAAUACCACACCAAACUGCAUGGGCAAAGAAAAAUAAUUGUAGGUGCAUGUAGUUAUUUUAUCAAGAAAUCAUGAACUGCAGACUUAAAAGCAGGUAGUACCUUGGUGAUGUCAAACUUUCGAGACAUCAUGUUGGAAGACAUAUCAGCAACUAGAGGCACUCCUUUGGUAUCCGGGAUGUCAGGAAACUCAAUACCUGAAGAGAAGAUUUGCAAGUAUUGAUUUUGUUUGAACUAGAUACACUGGAAUAGCUAUCUGGUUCUUCUGAAAUGAACUUCAUACCAUGGACUGUUUCAUUGUCACAGUAGUAGACAUAAGAAGCCUCUGGGCUUAGCUUCCAUGAGGCAGCAGGAGGAAUUUCUGCAUAUUUAUCAGUUUUUGGUAAAACAAGAUUGACUUUUCCAUACUUGGCUGCUUCCUUUGCUGCCUUGGAUGACCAAGAUCCUUUAGAAAAACAAUGAUGAAAAUUAAAUUAGUUGCUUUAUCCACUGAUACAUUGACAGGAAAUACAAAACAAAGUGGAUGCUGUUGCAUCAUGUGUUUACCAGUUACUAUGUAAUCAGCUGAUCCAGUACGCCCCAUGAGAUUAAGAGCUACAGCUGCAAAAAGCCCAGUGCCACCUCCUUGUAAAAAUAUAACUUUGUAAUUUGAUGGAACAUUCCUGUUAAAAUAAAUUGAACAUAUUGAUAAUUGCUAAGCAUUGUACUUUGUGAAAAUUGCGGGGUUUGAAUAGUACUUACAGAAUGUCUCGUACUGCUUGCUGAGCCUGAUCAUUGAUGUUGCUGUAGUCUGGCGACCUGUGACUUAGCUCCAUAACACUUAUUCCAGAUGUGCCAUAGUGAACAAGCUCCUUCUGCACUUCCAGCAAAACCUGUAUGAUUUCAAAUCAAAUUAUUAGCUUGAUUGUUGUCUUCAAAUGCAUGUCUUAUAGUGUUUUUUUUUUUGAUCUUUAUCUCUUUUUGAAAAAUAUCGAAGAUUAGUAUACCACAAUAAACAGUUGCUGUUCACCUGA